CCAUGCAUCCAUUCCUGUCUGUGGUACCUGCUGACUACUGAACUUAGCUAGCAGCCUUACCUUAGGAGGCACUUCUUUCCUGGAAUCCAAACAUGAACGAAGGUCCGAAAAAAUGAUUUUAACUAGGUUUUCUCCCGAGAAGUGAACCCUAAUCGAGGAAGAGAUGGGGGCCGUCUGUUGGGCUGUACCGUCUUAGCUGUUACGGCGUUUUGCUGGGUCCAUUUUGCGUGUAAUUGGAAGUGGAAAAGACAAAGAAAAGAAGCUUUCCAAUAGCUAGAAUGGUUUGGGCCUAAAAAGAAGACAAGAGAUUCUCGAAAGGAGAGCAUAUUAUGCACAGUACUACCUCAGAUGGAGACCGCAAUCCUUUUCAAGGGCUUGGGAAAAAAAAAAUCAACAACUGUACAAGCAACAUGAACCGUGAGGACCGGAAUGUGCUCCGAAUGAAAGAAAGAGAAAGGAGAAAUCAAGAAAUCCAGCAGGGAGGAGAGGCGUUUACAGCAAAUUCCCCCCUUUUCCCCGAACCUUACAAAGUGUCCAGCAAAGAAGAUAAACUGUCCAGCCGUAUUCAGAGCAUGCUGGGCAAUUACGACGAGAUGAAAGAACCAAUUGGAGAGGCACUUCCGAAGCUUAGCGCCAAACCCUCUAACAGCUCGUCUUCCUCCGAGGAGAAAUCUGGCGCGCCUUUAUUCGGCGAGAACCAACGAGGAGGUGGCAGCAGUCAGAGCAGUAAGUGGACUCCCGUGGGCCCUGCCUCAGCUGCCUCCUCAUCCCAGUCUCAGAAACGUUCCGGACUGCAAGGGGGGCACAGUAGCCAGAGGGGCAGCGGCGGCAGUAGCGGCAGCAGCGGUAGCCAAAGACACAGCGAAAAGAAGUCAAGCAAGCACAGCAGCGGCUCGGAGCACUCCAAGUCGCACACGUCGAGUCCAGCGAAGGGCUCUCUGAGCUCCUCCAGCGGCAACAGCCAUUCGCGGAGCUCCUUGGCCCCCGAGCAGCAUCACUGCAAGGAGCGCUACCGGUCCAAGUCCCCGCGAGACCGUGAGGCCAACUGGGACUCGCCCUCACGGGUUCACACCUCCUUCCCCAGCGGACAGCACUCGAGUCAGGCUUUCCCCCCAUCGCUCAUGUCUAAACCGGGCUCCAUGCUCCAGAAGCCCACGGCCUAUGUCAGGCCUAUGGACGGCCAGGAGACAGCGGAGGCUAAGAGCUCGCAAGCGGAAAGCUACAGUGGACAAUCUCACAGCAGCACCAUGGGGGAGAUGAAGUCCAAUGGCAAGGCCUCGCUCACCAAACUCAAGAUCCCUUCGCAGCCUGUUGAGGGAUCUGGGGAUUCCAACUGUGUUGACGAGAUUCUAAAGGAAAUGACUCAGUCCUGGCCCCCUCCAUUGACAGCAAUCCACACCCCCUGCAAGACAGAGCCCUCCAAGUUUCCGUUCCCCACCAAGGAUUCCCACUCCUUUUCAAGUGGACAGAAGCGAGGCAGUUCUUCCAAAAGCUCAAGCAGCCACCAGUCAAAAACCUGCGAUGACCAGCCAACUAUGCUGGAAGAUGACCUCAAACUCAGCAGCAGCGAGGACAGCGAUGGAGAACAGGACUCUGCCAAGAAUGCCUCAAGAAACACAUCAGCAAGCCAUAAUAGUGAAGGAGCCGAGCACUCGAGAGAUGAUUCAAGUAGCCACAGCGGCUCCGAAAGCAGCUCAGGUUCAGACAGUGAGAGCGAGAGCAGCACGAGUGACAGCGAGGCCAAUGAGCCCCUGCGGCCCGCUUCUCCUGAGCCUGAACAACCAAUGGCCAACAAGUGGCAGCUGGACAACUGGUUCAAGAAGGCAGCCCCACCGUCACCGCUGGAUAACAACAAUGUUCAAACCAAGAGUAAAAAAGAGGGAAGAGAAAACAGCUCAGGACGUGGCUAUAGUAGCCAGGGAGGGGGAUCGAAAGAUUCCUCGACACCGGCCCCAAGUCGGGACCUUCGGGCGGCACAGAAGGGCGGUGAGAGCGGCCGUGGUCGGCAGAAAUCCCCAGCCCAGAGUGAAAGCAGCACAGGGAACCGGAGGCCCGUGGGGAAAAAACAACCUAAAAAGUCGGAAAAGCCCCCGGUGGUGGAGGAGCCCAAAGGAGGCCUGAGGGUGGAAAGCGAGCCAGCACCUGAGAUCCCCCCUCAUCGACCCAAAGCAGCCACAAAGGGUUCCAGCAAACCCAGCAUCAAAAAGGAACCCAAAUCCUCUCCGCGGCCCAGCGCGGCCGCUGUCGCCGCCGCAGCAGACAAGCGCAAGGCCAAAACGUGCUCCAAGUCGACUCGCGAGAAGUCUCGAGAGUUUGUCGACACAGACUCCUCAUCGUCGGACUCUGAGGGCAACGACAGCAUCCCGUCGUCCUCGCAGACGCCAAAGUACACCGAAAGCAUCAGGACGCCCGUGUGCGCGUUCUCACCAAUGGAGGAGAAGGAGCUGCUGUCUCCACUCAGUGAGCCUGACGAGCGCUACACCUCCAGGCAACCUCCGCAAGUGUUGAUCGUCAAAAUAGAUCUCAACUUGCUAUCGAGGAUCCCCGGACGGCCGUACAAAGAGCCUGCAGAAAUAAAAGUGGAGCGGGAUGACUCCCAGGACAGAGAUGGCAAAGACUUCAGCAAGCAAAGUUCAGAAAAGAGCUUGAGCAAGGCCAAGAGGAAGCACAAGAAUGAUGAGGAGGGAGCCAAGCCAGACAGCAAGCGAUGCAAGCUGGAGGAAAAGUCUCAAACGCAUCAUAAAAGCAGCAGUAAAGAAUCGAAGAGGUCUUUGGAGAAAAAGGAAGAUCCGGUGCCCUCUCCGUCCAUGGCGGGCCUCCAGCGGACGCCGAAAGCCGAGCAUCCGAGUCGGAAGAGGACGGUCAGCCAGUCCUCCACGUCACUAUCCAGUGGGGCCGGCAGCGGCAAGGAAGGAGGCCACAGCACGAAGAGCACCUCCACCUCCAAGCACAGAAAAGGCGAGGACAAGGGGCGCAGCACUCGAGAUGGCAAGGAGAAAUCCUCAAAGGGCUGCGAUAACCAGCUGGCUGUGCCGCCGCUCUCCACCGACGGCUCCAAAUCGCAAAGAUCCAAGCUGCCGUUUGAAGACAGGGCCCACUCAGCAGAUCAUUACUUACAGGAGGCCAAGAAACUCAAACAUAAUGCCGAUGCACUGCUGGACCGUUUUGAGAAGGCCAUUUACUACCUGGACGCCGUGGUGUCUUUCAUUGAGUGUGGCAACGCCCUCGAGAAGAGUGCCCAGGAGGCCAAGUCUCCUUUUCCCAUGUAUGCCGAAACAGUGGAACUUAUCAAGUACACAAUGAAGUUAAAAAGCUACAUGGCCCCUGAUGCGACUCCAGCCGACAAGCGGGUAGCCGUUCUUUGCCUACGAUGUCAGUCUCUUCUCCACUUGCGUUUAUUCAAGCUGAGGAAAGACAGCGCUCUUAAAUACUCCAAAACUCUUACAGAGCAAUUAAAGAACUCUCUGAGUAACACCCAGGCUCCCUCUCCUGGAAUGGGGAACAAGGCAGCGGGCAUGCCUUCGCCAGUGUCCCCAAAGCUGUCGCCGGGUACGGCGGGCAGCUACUCGUCAGUGAGCAGCAGCAGCAGCGCCGGCUCGUCCGUCACGAUACCUCAGCGCAUCCACCAGAUGGCCGCCAGCUAUGUGCAAGUCACCUCCAACUUUCUGUACGCCACUGAGGUGUGGGACCAGGCGGAGCAGCUGGCCAAGGAGCAAAAAGACUUCUUCCAGGAGUUGGACAAAGUGAUGGGCCCUCUCAUUUUCAACACCAGCAGCAUGACUGAUCUGGUGCGUUAUACCAGGCAGGGCCUGCACUGGCUGCGACUGGAUGCCAAGCUGGUUCCCUAGCGAGGACUCUGGGUUUUUACCCCCCACCCCCCUUCCGACCCUGCACGCUGCUCUUCCACCCUCCCACAGCCACACCUCAGCGAAACGCACACAGUCCACCUCUGAUCACACACACACACACACACACACACACAUGACUAUGAACUUUUCAAGAAUAUCUCCUAGUGCGUGUGUGUGCACGCAUCUUUUUAUUUGUGUGUGUGUGUG